AUGGCAACAAAGGGACAUCUUUUUAUAUCAGUGUUGAGGCUGCUUCUCUUCUUCAUUAAAAUCUCUCUGGGUGAUGAUGAAUUGAGGCUGACAAAUGGACCUGGUCCCUGUGCUGGGAGAGUGGAAGUAAAACAUAAGGAGCAGUGGGGGACGGUGUGUGAUGGUGACUGGAAGAUAGAAGAUGCUGAGGUUGUCUGUAAGCAACUAGGAUGUGGAUCUGCUCUUCAGGCUCUUAAUCAAGCUCCUUUCGGAGAAGGAGCUGGACCAACAUGGCUGUAUCGAGUUGAUUGCCGUGGUGAUGAAUCUGCUCUCUGGAACUGCCCACAUCCGGGAUGGGGUGUAUUUACUUGCCCUCAUUAUUUUGAUACUGGUGUGAUCUGCUCAGGUUUCUCUGGGCUGCGUCUGACUGGAGGAGACAGUGCCUGUUCAGGAUAUCUGGAAGUAAGGCAGGAAGAAAGCUGGGCUACGGUCUGUUAUUCACAUAUUGAUUUCAAAGCUGCUUCUGUUGUAUGUAAUGAGUUAGAGUGUGGGCAGGCUUUGGAUGUCUUGAGAGGACCUCACUUCACAGAAGGACGUAAACUGAUUUGGAAGGAAAAGUUCCAGUGUAUCGGGAAUGAGGCUCACCUUGCACACUGUCCCAGGAUGUUGCACCAUAGCAAGACAUGCUUCCACAAUGCCAGUAUUGUAUGUUCAGGCUACGGUGGGUAUAGGCUAGUAAAUGGCACUACCACGUGUUCAGGGAGAGUAGAACUUCUUCAUGGAGGCAUGUGGGGAAGCUUUUGUGACUACCUGUGGGAUUUUCCAGCUGCCAAUGCCCUCUGCCAGCAGCUGGACUGUGGAGUUGCUCUAUUGAUCCCAAGUGGACAGUCCUUUGGGAAAGAAAAUGGCUCUUUCUGGAAUGGCACAUUCGGCUGUGAAAAGAAUGGCUCACGCCUGAGAGACUGUCGUGUAAGUGUGCUGAGUCACACUGACUGCCCGGCUGGAAAAGAUGCUCGCGUGGUAUGUUCAGGGUGCCCUGGGGCCAGGUUGGUGAAUGGCACCUCAUGCUCUGGCAGAGUAGAGAUCCGCCAUGGAGACAAAUGGGGAAGACUCUGCAGCUUCCACUGGAAUUUGCAAGCUGCCAAUGUCCUCUGUAAUCAACUGAACUGUGGCUAUGCAAGGUCCAUUCAAACAGGACAGCAUUUUGUGGAUGGGGAUGGACCUGUAUGGAGAGAUGCUUUUCACUGCAAAGGAACUGAGUCCUGCCUGUGGGAUUGUGCUCACAUGACUUUGGGCAAUCCUUCCUGUUCAGCCAGAGAAGCAGCCACUGUUGUUUGCUCAGGUCUUGCUGAAUCACUCAGACUCUCAGGUGGAGAGAGCCGCUGUGAUGGACGAGUUGAGAUAUCCCUCCAUGGGAUGUGGGGCAGAAUCCUGGAUGAUGACUGGGACAUUAAGGAUGCUGAUGUGGUGUGCAGACAGCUCCAGUGUGGAACUGCUGAAAAAGCCUUUUACCCUUCAAGGUCUGAACGAGGAAAGGGUCUUGUUGGUUUAAGAAGUGUCCAGUGUGCUGGAAAUGAGACCCAGCUGAUGCUCUGCAAGACCUCCUAUUCUGAGACAGUGCCAGAAGGAGUUGCUGAGGAUGUUGGUGUAAUUUGCUCAGGAAGCAGGCAGAUCAGGUUGGUGAAUGGCACAAAGCGCUGCGCUGGGAGAGUGGAGAUUUAUCAUCAUGGCAUCUGGGGAACCAUCUGUGAUGAUGCCUGGGAUCUAUCAGAUGCCAAUGUUGUUUGCAAACAGCUGGGAUGUGGGCAUGCUAUCAAGGCUUUUGCAUCUGCUCAUUAUGGAAAAGGCUCAGGACAGAUCUGGCUGGAUGAUGUGAACUGCACUGGAGCUGAAUCUGAUCUCUGGGCAUGUUCCUCCAGGGAAUGGGGCCAGCACAACUGCCAACACAAAGAGGAUGCUGGAGUCCUCUGCUCAGAGUUCCAGGCUCUAAGGCUGGUGAAUGGCAGUGACUGUGCUGGGCGACUAGAAGUUUUCUACAAUGGGACGUGGGGGAGCAUUUGCUCCAAUCGGAUGUCUCAACUCACUGCAGUAACUGUAUGCAGACACCUGAAUUGUGGAGAUGGUGGAGAAAUCGCAAGAGACUUUCAAUAUGGCAAAGGUUCUGGGCCCACAUGGCUGGACCACAUUGAAUGCACUGAGCAACAUAGCUCUCUCUGGCAAUGUCAGUCAGACCCCUGGCAUCCUCAGUCAUGUGAUAAUCGAGCAGAAGAGACCCAUAUUUCUUGCACUGGAAGAAAAAAUGUAGUGACUCCAGCUGCAUUUGUUGAGUGUCCAAACUCUACAAGUUGUACAGACAAGGAGAAGUUACGUGUCACAGGAGGAGAGCACGGAUGCUCAGGCAGAGUGGAAAUUUGGCACCAGGGUUCUUGGGGAACAGUCUGUGACGACUCCUGGGACAUGGCAGAUGCUAACGUUGUAUGCAGACAGAUGGGUUGUGGAUCUGCUGUGUCCGCUCUGAGUGAAGCUACUUUUGGGAAAGGGACUGGUCCCAUCUGGUUGGAAAAGGUGCACUGCAAAGGGACAGAGGUGUCUCUUUGGGACUGUCCUGCCCAGCUCUUAUCUGACAAUGACUGUGAUCAUAAGGAAGAUGCUGCUGUGAAUUGUUCUGGUGUGACAGAAACAGCAACAGCACCCACUGAAGCAGAUCCUCCUCGUCGCCCUGCAACAGAGAAUGGGAGAGUCACAACACCUGUCAUCCUCUGCAUUAUCCUGGGAGCCCUUCUCUGCCUAGUCCUUGCCAUUCUCGGUGGACAGUUCCAAAGUGCAAGGGCACAGCAGAGAGGUGCACAAUCCUAUGACCCCUUCUCUGAGGCUGUCUAUGAAGAGAUCAAUUAUAGUUUGAUCAGGGAGAAGCAGCAGGUGACUGGCCUCUCAGAGAGUUCACCAACAAAACCACAAUCUUACAGUGGGGACAGCAAUGAAGAAAAUAGAUCUGGAGCAACACAAGAGGUCAUUUCACUGCCUGGAAAUACUCUGGAAGAUAAUUAUGAUGAUGCAACAGAAGCUCCUGGACCAAAAGAUGAUCCUCUUUCUCAGCAGAAUGAACAGAAAAUCAGUGUGGUCACUGAAGAAAGUGAAGAAAGCCGGGAUUCACAGACUGGUGAGGAUGAAAAAGUAAUGCUGCUAGUUUCUGUAAGCUAG